CGGCAAAAUUGAUGGUUGAACGUGAAUAGAUAGCAGUUCUUUUAGUAAUAGACCGUGUUUUACUUCCCUUUCUCAAUUCAAAAAAGAUUGUAUCUGGUUUUUGUUCACUUAUAAAAUAAGUUUUCAAAAAAGUUUGGUAUAAUUAUCAUAGAGUUUCAAUUUAAUAGAGUAGAGAAGGUUCAUUACAAAUAUGUCUGCUGAAGAAGUCAAUGUUGAUUUGGGAUUUGAUCCAACAUUAAAGAAAAAGAAGAAGAAGUCAACUAAAACAUUAGAUGUUGAGUCAAAAGAAUCUACACCAGAAGUUGAUGAUGUCUUAUCAGGAUUGAAAAAAAAGAAGAAGAAGUCUAAGGAAUCAAAAUCAACACCAGAUUCAGAAGAUGUUAAUACAGAAGAAGUUACAGAUGCGUUAGGAGAAUUAAAACUUAAGAAAAAGAAGAAGAAGAGUACAGCUGUCACUGAUGACGAUUUUGAAAAACAAUUGGAAAAAGCUGGUUUAGAUGAGGUCACAGCACAAGAAGAAACUGAACAAAUAAAUACUCUACAGGCUCAAUAUGGUUUACCAUAUGAUGAUUUAUUAUCUAGAUUUUUCCAAAUUUUGAGAAAGAAUAACCCAGAAUUAGCUGGUGAAAGAUCAGGUAUUAAAUUCAGAAUUCCUCCACCAAUUUGUCAACGUGAAGGUAACAAAAAAACCGCAUUUGCUAAUGUUCAAGAAAUUAGUGAAAAAUUACAAAGAUCACCAGAACAUCUUAUUUCAUAUCUUUUCGCAGAAUUGGGUACCUCUGGUUCUGUUGAUGGUCAAAAGAGAUUGAUUAUUAAAGGUCGUUUCCAACCAAAACAAUUGGAAAACGUUUUGAGAAGAUAUAUUAUUGAAUAUGUUACAUGUAAGACAUGUAAAUCCAUCAACACUCAAUUGAAGAAAGAAAGUUCAAACAGAUUGUUCUUCUUGGUUUGUAACAGUUGUGGUUCUACAAGAUCUGUCAGUUCUAUUAAAACAGGUUUCACUGCACAAAUCGGUAAGAGAAAGAAGAUGUAAGUGUGAUGAAUUUUACGUUUGGAUGAACUUAUUGUUUUGCUC